AUGCGCCUAGUUCUCCUUGCUGGUCGUGCGCUAGUGGCCCUAUUUGGACUCCUGCACAUCCCAGGAUCUCUUGAGUACAUCUUCGCAAGCAAAGAAAGAAGGGAAAGAAAAGGAGAGGAAGAGGAGGAGAGACGCGACAGGGGGGCCUUGAGAGCGGGAUGUCGCGCAGAGUUGAAGAGAAGAAGGCAAAGGGAGUGGGUGCUCGCCCAGGAGGAAGAAGAAGAAGAAGAAGAAGAAGAAGAGGAGCAGGAGGAGAGUAGUCGAGCAGCAAGGCGUAAGAAAGUCAGCAGGAUUAUGAUUAGGUUGACAGCGGGAGGGAGGGAGCAGGAAAGGGAGGGCGGGCGAGGCCUUAUAUUUCGGAGCCCGACAAGGGAAUCAAACCUAAACCCGGCCUUUGUUUUCCAGGAGUCAGAAGUGGGUAACGCUGGAGUUUAG